AUGAGGUAUGCGAUUGCUCGUCCAAGCGAAUAUCUCGUGCUCACCGGAGCCGGGAUCAAAGACAUUCGCCUCUGCAAAAAGGCGAUUGUGAUGCCAUGGCAGCGUUGUGCGAGGAUCUCCCUAGCCCCAUUCGACUUUGGUCUCAACCUGCAGGCCAUGACGGUGGAGAAGCUGCAGUUCUCCCUGCCUGCCGUGUUUACGAUCGGACCCGAAGACAAACAAGAGGCCCUGCGCAAAUAUGCCCUGCUGUUGUCCGGCAGUACCAACGAGGCGGAUAUUGCCAAGGCCAAAAACUUGACCCACAGAAUGCGAGGGGACCAUGUGCAGGAUAUCAUCAAAGGCAUCAUUGAAGGCGAGACCCGUGUGAUCGUGUCGAGCAUGUCUAUGGAAGAGAUCUUCAAGGAAAGGCAGGAAUUCAGGGACAGGGUCAUAAAAAAUGUUCAGAAGGAGCUAGAGCAAUUUGGCCUGUGCAUCUACAAUGCCAACGUCAAAGAGCUCCAGGAUACGCCGGGUAGCGAGUACUUUGCGUUCCUCAGUCGCAAGGCUCACGAGGGAGCUCUGAACCAAGCCAAGAUCGAUGUGGCCGAGGCGCGGAUGCGAGGAGAAAUCGGCGAGGCCGAGAAGAAAGGGCGGGCCAAGCAAGAAAUCUCCAAGAUCGACGCCGACACCGCCGUCCUCGAGACCCAACGGAAAGCCGAGAAGGCCAAGGCCGACUCGGAGCUCAUGAACCGUCAGACCGAGCUGGAUUCCAGCGUUGAGAUGGGCAAGAUCGCUGCCAAGCGCCAGACGGAAAUGAAAGAUGCGGAGCUCAAGAGGAAGGUUGAGACUUUGCGUGCGGAAACCGAGUUGGAGCGCCUGCGUGCCAACGACGUCACCAAGAGCAAGGUUGCACGCGAGUCUUCCCAGCAGAACGCCGAUGCUGCUUACUAUCAGCAGCAAAAAUCUGCCGAUGCCCUACUGUACACACAGAAAAUGGAGGCGGACGCAGCUUACUACCGUCAAAGCAAAGAGGCGGAUGCGACCUUCCACCAUCAGAAACGAGAAGCUGAAGGAAUCCUGGAGAUGGCCAAGGCCUAUGGUGCGCUCGUUGAUGUUCUCGGAGGUCCUCAGACCUUCUUGCAAUAUAAGAUGUUGGAGACCGGCACAUAUGAGAAAUUGGCGAUGGCGAAUGCCCAGGCUAUCAAUGGUCUCCAGCCUAAGAUCACUUCAUGGAAUACUGGUAAUGGAGAGGGUAGCGCAGACUCUCUGGGGCCGAUCCGAAACCUCAUGCAAGGUCUUCCUCCUUUGCUGAGUACGAUCCAUGAGCAAACCGGAAUCAGUCCUCCGUCGUGGAUGGCUCAGAUGCCGGCGAAGAACCAGAUCAAUGGGCUGAACCAUGCGGAAUAG